ACAGAGUGUCAGUCAGCAGUCAGCGUCGGCACACACACAGCAGCUGGAGCUGUCACCCUGCUGGCCUGCUACUCCCCAUCCCCCACUGGUAAAACGUCAAACUCAACAGCAACACAACACCUAGAAAUCCCCACUAAACAUCGGCUACACUCUAACCGAAGAAGGCAGAUGUUAAUGCCAGUCCACAAUAUCAUCUCCCAUGGCAGCUAUAGAUAAAGUCAAAGUCAUCGUUGUAGGAGACUCUGGAGUUGGCAAGACGUCUCUGGUACACUUAGUCUGCCAUAGUGAGCCUAUCAGUAACCCUUCAUGGACCGUUGGAUGUGGGGUGGAUGUGAAGCUACAUGAAUACGAAGAGGGCACGCCUAAGCAGAGAUCGUACUUCGUAGAACUAUGGGACGUUGGAGGCAGCAGCAGUCAUCGCAACGCUAGACAUGUCUUCUACUCUUCUGUUCAUGGUAUAAUUUUAGUUCAUGAUUUGACAAACCGUAAGUCCCACCAAAACUUACAAAAAUGGUUAGCCGAGGUUUUGAAUCGAGAAGAGGGAACUAAAAAAGAAGACUUUGACCCUGAACAUUUUGUUGGUGCUACCCAGGUAAAAAUGCCGUCGAUCCCAGUCUUACAUAAAGGGCCAUUUGCUUUGGACCUGGAAAAAUCUGUCAGAUAUGUCAUUUAUGCAUUUAAGGGCAUGUGUUGUGGAGUCGUGGUUGCUUCACUGGUUGUGAUGAUACUUCUUGAAGCUUCAAUAAUGUCAGAUGACACCACAGCAGAAGAAAUCACUUCUAUGAAUCGUCAACUACUAAUGGCCCUGUGUGUCUGUGGAUUUGCACUAGCAUAUUUCUUCCUCUGCAGUUACUUAGAUAAAGGUGUGGAAGAGAGGAAUAGAUCGUGGAUAUUCCCAUGGUUCAUGGUCACUACAGUGGUCGGACUGAGUUUGACCGUAGUCCUCAUCAUCUCCUUCACAAUUGGUUUGGGGAUGAUUCAACUAAUUCUUCCAUUUAUUAUUAUGCUAGUUUUCUAUUGCAAUCUACUAGUGUACAGUUUCUACAUUGAUCUCGGCACAAACUUUGCUCCUGAACUUCCAACUCAAGUUGUUCCUUCGUAGUAUUCUAACAAGUUUCAGCUAUUGAGGAUUCCAAAUAAUCAACCACAAGUAUUUAAAAGCUUCUAGAAGUUUUAAAUCUUGAACUUUGUUUAGUUCCAAAAUACUGAAUGUGUGUUGGUAGUAAUCAUUUAACUAGUGUAAAGAGAGUAAAUAUUUUAUAUUUUGAGGUGAGACAUGUAUUUGUACGUUUUAGUAGAUUUGGGAGAUUUUUUAUAGUCUGUUUAUUUAAUGCUCACUCAAAUUAGAUUACUUUAACGAAUCCUUGUUUUUCAUCACUUCUUUUAGUGAUGUUCUUUCAUGUCAUUGCUCCAAGUAGAAGAAAUAUGUUGAUAACACUUGAGAAGUAAUGUGUUUACAAAAACGUGUUUACCAAAUCCCAAAUUUCACCAGUUUUUUAACUAGUCUAAAUCAAAUCAUAAGUUUUCUGUGCAUAGUCAUAGACAAAAAUAAUUAAAUAUAGACCUUCAGCUGUGCUGCGGUUACCAUAGGUUCUGGUGUACACCGCUGGGAGCGCCAUGUACUUUCGGCCUAAGCACUACGUAACUACACAGCGCUCCUAGCGGUGUCCGCCAGACCCAAUUAAUGGUAGCCAAAGUACGGCUGACAGUCAAUAUAUUUAAUUCUUUUUGUCUAUGGUAUAUUCAACUAUGAAUGGUUUAACUAAAUAUAGUACAGUUUGCAUAAUUUUAUAGUAAUAAAAAGUUAACAAAAUAAUUCAUUUGUAGAUGGAUAUUAACCAUUCCUUUAAAUAAUACAUCUGUACAAAAAUCAUCACUGAAUUCAAAACCAAUAUAGUACAAUCCCACUUAUGUGAUUGGUCCAUACCACUCCGUGAUAGGAGCGUUUAAAGGGUUAAAGCAUAAAUAUUGCGUCUAAAAAGUGUUCAACUCCAAAACACGAUGACCAAACACGAUUGAAACAUAAGCUGAUGCUAUUUUAUACAAUGAAUACAUCAAUGUAUUGGUUACUCAUGAUUAAGUUUGCAUGAGACUUUCCUGAAAAGUAUGUGAUUGAAAUGUGUAAUUUAUAAGAUGUAUGUGUUAAUUUGUGUUAUUACAUUUUUUAAGUUUUAUAAUAAAUGA